GCCGCGCGACUUUUGAUCCUAUACGUGGCAAGGCGCUGUUUCGACUUAGAUCCUAUUAAUCUGAAUGUAAAAAGAAGCGCAUACGGUCGACCGUAUCUUGAGGGACAAGCUGGUUUUGAUUUUAACGUCUCACAUCAUGGUGACUUCACUCUUUUGACCUGCUGCCACAAAAUGCGAACAGGUGUUGACGUAAUGCAGAUGGAGUUGCCGCCUGCUUUUGAGUCGAUUGCUGGAUUUCUCCUUAAAAUGAAGUCGCUUUUUGCACCUUCCGAAUGGCACUUACUUACUUCUGCGAGCAAUGAGGACACUGAGAAGAUCUACAACUUCUUCAGGCUUUGGUGCCUGAAAGAGGCUUUCGUGAAGAACAUAGGAACUGGUUUAAGAACAGACGUUUCCACGGUAGAAUUUGAUCUUUCGGGAACUACUCCUAGGUGUUCUCAUCCUGGGGUAGUGGAUGCCGAGUGGGCGUUCGAAGAACACAAACUCCCCAAUGGUCAUAUUGCUGCUGUGGCGUGGUAUGAACCUGGUGUUUUGAAUGCAAGUUCGGCUACCUGUCCCCUCUAUCUCUUUCAUUUGCUAAUACUCUUUUUUCGGUAA